ACACACACACACACACACACACACACACACACACAAACACACACAAACAUACACACACACACACACACACACACACACAUAUAUAUAUAUAUAUAUGUGUGUGUGUGUGUAUGUUUGUAUGUAUAUAUACUCGAAUUCUGAGAUGACGUUAUUCUUAAUAGUUAAGUCCGAACAACAGUGAAUAUGUCGAAACGUCUUGUAUUAUAUUUCAAUAGCGAGAGUGUUUGAGAAAGAGAGAAAUACAGAGAGAGAAAGAGAGAAGUAGAGAGAGAGAGAGAAAGAGUAUAGAAGUAAAAUAAUUUAACCCUGAUCCUUCAAAGAACUGAGUAAUUAACCGAGAGCAACAACAACCAUGUGGAAACAUCUUGUAAUUUAUUUUGUGUUUCAUAUAUUACUGAAGACCCAGGGAGCAGGUACAGAAUCGGAUUUUCCAGGUAGAAAUAAAUUCGUGAAAGUCCUCAAUGCUCAAUUCCCUUCGACUAUUAAGAAAGAACCAAAGACACUAACAAUUUCAGAGUGUGCAAAUGAAUGUUUGAAAGUGCUAACAUGUUAUUCUUUUGCUAUCAACGAAUCGAUAUCCAGAUGUUUACUGUACCCGACAUGGACUGGCAAAGUCAGACUUAUUAGUGCAUCAGAUUACAACUACUAUCAGAAAAUAAGAUCAGUGAAAUGUCCAGUCAACGUUAUUUACGGUGGUAUGCUUCCAAGUGCAGAAAAUAUCCCCGAGCCAGAGCCGAAAACUUACUUUUUUUGUAUGAAAGCUUGUAAAGACAAUGCUUCGUGUUAUUCUACCAACUAUGACACAGACACAUCCACAUGCUACCUGAGUCACAGAACUUCCAGGAGUGCCAUUAUCACAUUACAACCGAAUAACUGGAUAUACACUGAAAUAGAUAGAUACAGGUUUGACAACGAAAUGGAAGUUUUGGUGAAUAUGAACAAAAACGGAUGUCAUGUGAAAUUUCUAUUUCAUCUCAGUAUGAUAGGGGAGAGAAGCGCUCUUAGCAGUGACUCUAUGAAGAGGAGUGCUCGUUUUAAGGGUCAACAGAAUACAUUUGGCGACAUAAUGAUGAUAACAUUCAAAUUUGUCGAUGGCAGAAUGGCGUGUGCAAUCAAAUGCAUGGAAACUCUGGGAUGUGUAGGAUUCAGAUAUUACUCAGACUGUGAAAUAGCUCUAAAGUACUGAUUUUGGAAAGAAUGUUUUAAAAUAUAUUCUUCACAUGAAUGCACCCACAUACGCACACACCUACACAUAUGCAAACGCCUACACACAAACUCUCAUGCACACACUCACACAAAUACUUACACACGUAAACACACACAGCUACACACACACACACACACACACACACACACACACACACACACACACACACACACACACACACACACACA